UCAUAGAAGAAAAUCAUAGUAGUGAAAGGCCUUGGGCUGCUUUUGUUUUUACUUACCUGCACCAAACACAUUUGACUUCCGGCGUCAGUCAUUUUGGUGUCCAGAAAUUUCUUUGGCAUUCUACAACAGGUGACUUGGGGACAGUUGUUCUGUAGGUGAGCAUUUGGGAGCCAUUGAGCCAGAACUCUCCCACCAGGGCCCCAAGCAGCGAGAUGUUUCCAGGGUGGCUGGGAUCCAUUAGAAACUGAAGCGGCGGAGACUGCUGUCAGCUGCAGUCCCCACUUCUUGGAGCAGAAGCCAAGAGAGAGCUGUUUGAACACGCCUCCUUCACACAUCAGUUGAACCAGCCUUUGGAGGUUUCCGAAGUACCUUGUGUGUCUCCCUUGGAUGGGCGGGACGAAGUCACAUUCUGCAAAUUGCUGUCAGAGGUCCUGAGAACACAAACCCAUCUGGUUUUCAUUACCCGCGUUGAAUGGCAUUUGCCUCCGCAGCCCACUGAGGGCUCUUUUCCUCGGGAUUCUGAACUUGUAACUAGGACUCCGGGCUGGGAAGAUGCUGAGUUCCAUCAAGUGUGUGUUGGUGGGAGACUCUGCCGUGGGGAAAACCUCUCUGUUAGUGCGUUUCACCUCGGAGACCUUCCCGGAGGCCUACAAGCCCACAGUAUAUGAAAAUACAGGUGUAGACGUUUUCAUGGAUGGCAUCCAGAUCAGCCUGGGCCUCUGGGACACAGCUGGCAAUGAUGCCUUCAGGAGUAUCCGCCCUCUGUCCUACCAGCAGGCAGACGUGGUGCUGAUGUGCUACUCUGUGGCCAACCACAACUCCUUCCUGAACCUGAGAAACAAGUGGAUUGGUGAAGUCAGGAGCAACCUGCCCUGCACCCCCGUGCUGGUGGUGGCCACCCAGACUGACCAGCGGGAGGUGGGGCCCCACAGGGCCUCCUGUGUCAAUGCCAUAGAAGGAAAGAGGUUGGCCCAGGAUGUGAGAGCCAAGGGCUACCUGGAGUGCUCAGCCCUCAGCAACCGAGGGGUACAGCAGGUAUUUGAGUGUGCCGUCCGAACCGCCGUCAACCAAGCCAGGAGGCGCAACAGAAGGCGGUUCUUCUCCAUUACUGAGUGCAAGAUCCUCUAAACCCCAAAGACUUCACCCGACACUCACUCACUCACCACAAAGACAGAGCAGGCGAGCCAGCAAGGAUCGAUGCUCUUCCUGGACACGUCCUGAGCAGUGUUUCCUUUCGGAUACAGUUGUUGAUGAGAUUUGGCUACUGGAUGUUAUUAUGAAAUACACUCUGCAAAUGAACUCUUUGCCCAGUACAAUUAGAAGAUCCCUUGGGAAACUGUAAUGAAUAUUCCAUCUUCGAUUAGAAAACCAAAGUGGUCUCCAUACUUUUGGACAAUGAAGUGAGUUUUCCAAAGAAUUCCAUAUUUAAAGACACAUUUUAUUUAAAUAAUAA